AUGGGAAACUACGUUUCUUGUGCUAUAUCCAGCCCAGGAGGCAAGCAAUCUAGAGCCACAAAAGUGAUCUUCCCAAGCGGCCAAAUUCAAGAAUUCCAUGCACCCAUUAAAGCAGCUGAACUCAUGCUUGAGACACCAAACUUCUUCGUUGUAAACUCAAUAUCUCUCCAAAUUGGACGAAGGUUUUCUGCACUCAACGCCGACGAAGACCUAGAGAUGGCUAACGUUUAUGUCAUGUUCCCCAUGAAGAGACUCAACUCUAUUGUCACAGCAGCUGACAUGGGUGCCUUGUUCCUCACCGCCAAUUCUGCAGCCAAGCGUGGUUCUGGCGAAGCCAACAUAAGGACAUUUCCGGAGACUAGAGAUGUUCCCCAGUUGGUGGAGGGAAAAACAGCUGAUGAUUGGCAGGAAAAUGAGACGGCGGUGGCGGUACCAAAGUUGAAUUUGGAUGAUAUUGAGGAAUUUUCGUCGCCAGAGUUUAUGCUUAGGUUGUCUAUGUGCAGGUCAAGGAAACCAUUGUUAGAGACCAUAGCAGAAGAGCCAGUUAUUUGUUCACGUUAA